AUGCAAGGGUCUAGCUCUGGCCCAAAUGCAACACUACAGUCGGACGAGAUCAAUCGACAAUAUAGUGAGGCUCUUGAAGAACACAACAUUGAUGUCAACAGAACACAGCGAUGUGACCAGUCCAAGUUUAAGACGGGGAACCUGAGCACGACCUCGGCGACAUCUGUUUACGUCAGCGACGCCCACUGGGUAGCCAUCCUUGACAACAUAUCAGAGUUGAAGGAACAAGUCCAGUUCGAGAGGGAUAUUGCACCGGUUGAACUUCACAGCCAAGGCAAGGACGAAAAGGAAAGUCCUGCACUUUUGUUUGGCUACCAAGGUAGUAUAUCGAAGGAAGCCCUUCUUGCUGCCAUGCCAGAGCGACCGGUAGUUGACCGCCUCGUCUCCAAGUAUUUCAACGAUUUGGACACGAUGCCUCCAAACUUCGGCUCGCCAUCUACAUACCCCGAACCUAGCGCCGCAUCGCCUGAGGCUAGUUCCUCUCGCCCUAUUUAUCUUCAACAAGUGGUUCAGUGUUUGACAUUCAGUGAUUACAGUCGCGGGGGCCCUCAUGUUAUUGAGACACUUGUCCACUACCACAUGAUUGAGCACCUGAGGCGAACAGACACCGAAAUUGACGUUUGGCUUUUGCUUGGCGUAAUGCUUCGACUGGCUUUGCGCAUGGGUUAUCAUCGAGACCCUUCUCAUUUCCAGACUCUCACGCCGUUUCAAGAUACUCGUCCUCCGCUAAAUCUCUUUGACCACGACUUUGACGAGACCUGUUCCGAGCUUCCUCAACCAAGAAACGACAACGAAAUCACCCCUAUGUUCUAUAUCCUGGCCAGAAACAAGAUGGCCAAGGCUAUGGGCGUCGUGAUGGAUGUAAUCAAUGCUACUGAGCACAAUGAUUCGGAAAUUGAAGGUGCAGAAAAGCUGCUCCAAGAUACCUACGAUUCCCUCCCACCGAUUCUCAAACUCGCGACAGGCUUCAACACUCUUGCUGAUAGCCCCCGAACUAUGCUACAUCGAUUCGUUCUGGCUACCACGAUGCAUUGCGCGCAGAUAGCCCUGCACCAGCGUUGCAUGUCUACCCCUGAGGAGAUCGACGUUACACGGCCGAAUCGUUCAUUGGACACGCUUUUAGAGGCAGCACUGAAGAUCCUUGCAUAUCAGCACAUUAUGGAUACGGAGACCCAACCAGGUGGGAGGCUAUGGUCGGCAGGGUGGAAAUUCUGGUCAACUCUCACUCAUGAGUUCCUCCUGGCUACGACCGUGCUGUCAAAAGCCUUGUUCUCGACCCUGGGCCCACAUCCUCUGGUACAAGCAGAAAGCACUACGGCUAACGAGUGCUCUUGA